GUCGCACUUGUUGCUUCUUCCUCUCACUUACCCUCAAUCACAUCAUCUUCACAUCGUCACCCUUAUCAUAUCAUGACUACCGCUGAACAGCAGCAACCGCAACAUCAGUUCCCCCAUCCCACUGGGAGCAACGCUUAUGGGCACGCACAGGACCCGGAGCCCCACGGCCACCAACCGCCCCACGCUCCUUUGUCGCCUCUUGGGCCGGAGAGUCCCCCUCCAGAGCACGAAGACUUUGUUACCGACACCGAGUCGAUGCGCAGUGACUAUGAUGAGGACUUCAUGGAUUCCUAUUCGCUCUCUUCCAGUAUCCUCGACUACCAGUAUGAGAAUGGUCGUCGAUACGCCAGCUUUCGCUCGGGAAAUUACAUGAUGCCUAAUGACGAAGAGGAACAAGAAAGGCUGGACUUGACCCAUCACAUGUGAGCUUCCUUGGCCUGCACUACCUCCCUCUUGCAGCAUGAGCUGACCACCAUUGGCCAGCUACCUCAUGCUGAUGGGGGGCGAGUUGUUCAACGCCCCCAUCAAAAACCCCCAGAAAGUGCUCGACCUGGGCACAGGGACCGGCAACUGGGCCAUCGAUUUCGCCGAGUAUGACUCUCUCCUCAGGUAACAUGUCUACGCAAGCAACACCUACUAAGUGUGCGCCAGCCAGUACCCCGGUGC